CCCGACUCCUCCCUACGCACCAGCCCGGGGAAAAGGGGGGGGGGGCUGAGGGCAGCCGGGUCCCCCUCCUGCCCGGGGGGGGACCCACUCCAAGGUGGUGCUGAUAUCUGAAGAUGGCAAGAUCCUGGCAGAGACCGACGGGCCCUGCACUAACCAUUGGCUGGUCGGCUCGGACAAAUGCCUGGAAAGGAUCAACGAGAUGGUCAGCAAGGCCAAAGGGAAGGCAGGUGCCAACCCGCAGGUUCCCCUCCGCUCGCUGGGGCUGUCUCUGAGCGGGGGGGAGCAGAAAGAAGCCAUCAAGAAGCUCAUCGAGCAGCUGCAGACCCGCUUCCCGCAGCUGAGCGAGAACUACUACAUCACCACGGACGCCAUCGGGGCGAUGGCCACAGCUACCGACCACGGUGGCGUGGUGCUGAUCUCGGGAACCGGUUCCAACUGCAAACUCAUCAACCCCGACGGGUCGGAGGUUAGCUGUGGAGGGUGGGGUCACAUGAUGGGAGACGAGGGGUCAGCUUUCUGGAUCGCACAUCAGGCCGUGAAGAUUGUGUUCGACUGCCUGGACAACCUGGAAGUGCCUCCCCACGACAUCGGCUACGUCAAGCAGGCCAUGUUCGAUUACUUCCAGAUCUCUGACAGGAUGGGUCUCCUGACACAUCUCUACCGGACGUUCGAGAAAUCCAAGUUCGCGGGAUUCUGCCAAAAACUAGCCGAGGGUGCCCAAGCGGGGGACCCUCUGUGCUGUCACAUUUUCAACAAGGCUGGGGAAGUCUUGGCUCGACACAUUGUAGCUGUGCUGCCAAAAAUUGACAAGAGCCUCUUCCGCGGCGAGCUGGGGCUGCCGAUCCUGUGCGUGGGCUCCGUGUGGAACAGCUGGGAAAUGAUGAAAGAAGGGUUCCUCAAAGUCCUGAACCAGGCGCAGCGUCAGGAGCUGCACAGCGUCUUCUCCAAGUUCACCCUCUUGAAGCUGAAGCACUCGUCAGCGCUGGGCGGAGCCAGCCUGGGGGCCAGGCACAUAGGGCAGGUGCUGCCCCUGGACUACACUGCCAAUGUGGAUGUCUUCUACACACACUCCUUCUAGGUCCCCGUGGGGGGGCUCAUCUCCUCUCCUUCGCUCUCUGCCUGGGCAGCCCUACUUUUGAAAUUGUUUCUUGGUUUGUGUCUCUGGCGCAGCCCGGUGGGGGGGGGGUCUAUUUACAUAUCGACGGGAAUUGCGUCUGGCUUUUUGUAUCAACGUGUUUUGUAAUUCGUCAAUAAAAGGUCACAGACA